CUCCUACAGAAUAUUCCAUGGCAGCAUGGUCACCUAAUGUACAUACCUAGGUAGGUAAUAGCUUGUGAGAUAUACCCCUGUCAUCAGCCUUAUGUAGUUUCAAAGUUACAUCAACUCCCGUAGAGGGAAAAUGGCCCCCAAACCGAGUUGAAGCCCGUUCAGGGCUUCGAUGGCUUACCAGCUUUAUCUCUCUACCUUAUAUCUGAGAGAAUAUAUAUGACAGGUCGUUCGCGAGUCGCGAGAUUUUCAAAUAUUUUCAAACACUGUCCUCUCGACUAAAUAUCUUCAAACUCAACUACCAGUUCAAACAUCGACGAUUAUCGAACAAAGAUCGUAUAACACAACGAUAGGUCGCACUAACAGUCAUAUAACCUUGUUAUAUUUUCAUAAAUCCGAAUAAAACGGUCCACAGCGAAAUUAGGCUUCAACGGAGGCAUUAAAAAAAAGCAAUGGCUUCGAGACCAUCUAAGAAGCCUGAACCAAGUUCGAAAAAGCAACAAAAGCCUAGGUCGAGACAACUAAACGAUGAUUGGGCGGACGUCGCAGAACCCGAAGAGAGGAGGCGCAUCCAAAAUCGACUUGCCCAACGAAAAUUUCGAGAGAAGGCUAAAGAGCAGAAAGAGAAAGCCGAGAGGGAAUCUCACAAUCUUAAAAACGCCCACAGCAGUUAUCAACUUCCUUCAUCGGACGAGAUCACGUCGGAUGACGGAAUAGAUCUUUCAGGUUUACCAUGGGGGAGCAUGAGCAUGAGGCAUGUGCUAGCUAUGGGCUACGAGACGGAGAGUAGGCGUAGCGGAGGAAGCGGAGGCGACAACACACCAACAGAAACACCACAAUACUACACAACAACCGAUUCCUAUCAACAAUACCAGGCAACCAGUUAUGGUGAUAGUUCGAAUAGCAGCGGCGGGGAUGAUUACUCCUAUCAAGAUAUACCGUCCUUCUACUACGACUUGAAUACAGAUAAUGGGCAUAACUCCUAUCACCAAACAUAGGAGCUAUAGGAGGGACACACAAAAAGAGAAAAAGGAGGGGGCACUGGAGGACACAGAAGUGGCUGAGAAGAUGCAUGAAGCAUUUCCUCUAUUGAAUUAAUUUCCUUUCCUAGACUUGAGGCUGAGGAUGUUGCUGGCUUCCGGUUGGUCAGGAUACGACUGGUAACGAUAUGCGAUGAUGGGUUAUUAGAAGGCGUUACAGCAUAAAAUUUCCUUUUCUAGAUUUUGUUAUUGUUAUACAGCAAUUGCUUUUACAAAAAUACCCAUUUCAACAAUACUGUACCAUUAUUACCUACAGUUUUUGGUCACCUCAGGCAAAAUAUACAUACUUACUUAUUUA